CUCUGAUAUUGGGAACGUCCGUGUUAUGUUUGCGAAUGUUUUUAUUUUGCAGAAGACACACAUGGGUUGCAGUGGGACUGAUGAUCUAAAGGUCUGAUGCGAGUGGCUGUCUGAUAGCUCUUUGUUUCCCACAGUCCUCUGACUAGAAAAAGGAAUCCAGGUGUGUUUUAACCAUGCUGACCAGCAAGGGCCGGGGAUGCCUUCACUUUGGUUUGUGUCUCUGGCUCUAUCUGUUCAUACCUUUCUUUAAAGAUUGCGCAGGCUGUGCGUCUGAGGAGAGACUCUUUCACAAACUGUUUUCUCAUUAUAACCAAUUCAUCAGGCCCGUGGAAAAUGUUUCUGACCCCGUCACGGUGCAUUUUGAAGUGGCCAUCACACAGCUGGCCAAUGUGGAUGAAGUAAACCAGAUCAUGGAAACCAAUCUGUGGCUACGUCAUGUCUGGAAUGAUUAUAAAUUGCGCUGGGACCCAGUGGAAUUUGAUGGCAUCGAGACUAUUCGUGUUCCUGCAGAUAAGAUCUGGAAGCCUGACAUUGUUCUUUAUAACAAUGCUGUUGGCGACUUCCAAGUCGAAGGCAAGACCAAAGCUCUUCUUAAAUACGAUGGCAUGAUAACCUGGACUCCACCAGCUAUUUUCAAGAGUUCCUGUCCUAUGGAUAUCACUUUUUUCCCUUUUGAUCAUCAAAAUUGUUCCCUGAAAUUUGGGUCCUGGACAUAUGACAAAGCUGAAAUUGAUCUUCUAAUCAUUGGGUCUAAAGUGGAUAUGAAAGAUUUUUGGGAAAACAGUGAAUGGGAAAUUGUUGAUGCUUCUGGCUACAAGCAUGACAUAAAAUACAACUGUUGUGAAGAGAUAUACACAGAUAUAACCUAUUCUUUUUACAUUAGAAGAUUGCCACUGUUUUACACCAUUAAUCUGAUCAUCCCCUGUCUCUUUAUUUCAUUUCUAACUGUGUUGGUCUUUUACCUUCCUUCUGACUGUGGUGAAAAAGUGACACUUUGCAUUUCAGUUCUGCUUUCUCUCACUGUGUUUUUACUGGUGAUCACAGAAACCAUCCCAUCCACAUCUCUUGUGAUCCCACUGGUGGGUGAGUACUUACUGUUCACCAUGAUCUUUGUCACCCUUUCCAUCGCCGUGACUGUAUUUGUGUUGAACAUACACUAUCGGACCCCAACAACACACACCAUGCCCAAGUGGGUGAAGACGGUUUUCCUCCAGCUGUUACCCCAGAUCCUGAUGAUGAAGAGACCCCUGGACAAGACAAGGAAGACAAAUUCUGAUAAAAACCCCAAAAGCAUUUCCAGCAGGCCUACCAAAGUCAAGUUCAAUAAUUGCAGAGAACCCAAACUACUUAGAGAAUGCUGCCACUGCCAUGAAUCACGUCAGCUUGCCACCCGCAAGAGAAGGCUGAGUCAUCAGCCUUUACAAUGGAGAGCAGAAAAUUCGCAGCACUCGCCUGAAGUGGAAGAUGUGAUUAAUAGUGUUCAACUCAUAGCAGAAAACAUGAAGAACCAAAAUGAAGCAAAAGAGGUAGAAGAUGACUGGAAAUAUGUGGCCAUGGUGGUGGACAGAGUAUUUCUCUGGAUAUUUAUAAUUGUCUGUGUGUUUGGAACUGCAGGGCUAUUUCUCCAGCCACUCCUGGGGAACACAGGAAAUCUUAAGGAUUUUAUCUUGUGAAGUUUACGGGAGCUAUUGUCCUGUUGUGCUCUGUGCCAUAAAGAAAAGAACAUAAAGUUUCCCAUCUAAGCCCCCCACCUACUGAA